UGAAGCAUAAUGAAUAGAGUUGAUUGUCUGCUGCUGUUGCUGCUGCUGGCUAUGAGUCUCAAUAAGACGACAUUUGGAAAAGUCUAUAGACACGAUAUUCAUUCAAAGUUGCUAAAACACCAUCGAAUUUGGCGUGGAAUGUCCUCCAACACAGGCAACAAUUAUGGCGGUUGGCUACUUUAUAUUAAGAAUAAUAAUGAUGCAUCCAUCGUUUGUGGAGCUUCAUACUAUUCCCCCUUAUUGGUUAUUACAUCGGCCAAUUGCAUACAUCCUUAUACCUAUGAUACCAAUAUGAGUGUUGAGCCCACGGCGAGAAGUAAAAAUUCCGAAGACUAUUUUUCGCUAAUCGAUACAAUAUAUUUUCCACCUGGUUUCAAAUAUUUGGAUCAGUAUAUGGAUAUUGCCCUGGUUAGGUUGGUUAAACCUAUAAAAGGUAAACUUCUCGAGUUCAUCUCACUGUGCGACCGCCCAUUGCCAGAUAAUACCAAGCUAAUGAGCGUCGGUUGGGGGUUCGAUUCGAUGGAUGUGCAACCCAUGAGUCUGGAACCCACUAAUAGCUCAGUGAUCGUUCAGAACUUAAAGCAAUGCUUGGCCACCUACACAAACUCGAUCUCUUCCGGGACAAUAUUCUGUGCCACUCAACCGCCAGAUAAGCGAAAUUGCCGUUACGAUGGCGGAUGUCCGGUUGUAUAUAAGAAUAAACUGUGCGGCAUUGUGUCCUGGGGACCUCUGUGCAGGGAUACACGUUACCCCAGCUUGUAUACAAAUAUAACAAUUAUGAGAUCGUGGAUAAAAGAUAUCGAGGGUAAAGUGUUAUCGAGGGAACAGGUUAAAAGAAGGAAUUAACAGUCUCUGUCUCUGUCUCUGUCACUCUCCCUCUCUCUCUAUCACUGUCUCGCAUCUCUCACUCACUUUGUUGAAAGGCAUAUCGAAUUUGUAAAAUUGUAUUUUAAAUAAAUUUUAUGAAAAUAUAGUGUCGUUUAGAGGGCCAUAGAAGAUGGCUGAUAAAUUAUUAAGCUAUA